AUGUCGUCCCCCUCCUCCUCCAGGCGCCAGUGGUGCUACCUGUGCGACCUGCCAAAGAUGCCGUGGACUGUGGUGUGGGACUUCAGCGAGGUGGUCUGCCGCGGCUGCGUGAACUACGAGGGGGCUAACCAGAUUGAAUUCCUGAUAGCAAGCGCCCGACAGCUGAAGCGAACUCAUGGCAUGCAGGACGGCAACGUCAGGUCACCUGGUCCUUCGCCCAAUAAACACGGCACAGCCGCCAGAGGAGAGGCUGCGGCGGAUGGAGGCAGGCCGCACGCCGACCGCUUCGACCGGGGAGGGAGAGUAGAAGGUGGCGGGUCGUCCGUUCGUGUUCCGCCCAACGGGCUGCACCGAGAUAGCCAACCGCCUCAAGAAGUGAACCGUCAGAGCCCCCAAAGCGUCAGCCGGAGACCCAUGAUUGGUGCUGCCAUCCCCCCGAGUCUAGUUACUCAGAGUAUUGCAGGAAUCCCCCACGGGCUGCUUGCGGGCAUGCCUGCAGGUCUGACCGCCAGGACGAACACCGUGAGCAGCCCCAUGAUCUUCUCUACCCCGGUGCUCGCAGAGAUGAGCCGCAGACAGCUGGGAAUAGGGAUGGGGAUAUCCCCCUUUAUCACUCCAGAGCUGGAGCGGGAGCUCAGCUCGUCCCAGACCCAGCCCAAGACGCAGACGCAGGCCCACACCGCCGUGGCCGGCGGCAGCGCCAGCAAGAGCACAAACAUGGCAUCUUCGUCCUUCUCCAUGGCCGGAGGCGUGAGCCAGACCAGUCCCAAGCCUGCCUCGUCUCCGGCCAGGCAGCCACGCCCCUUGACUGCCCGGUCCGGAGGGGAGCCGCUGGGAUCCAGCUCCUCGGCGGAGGCGGCCACCACCGCUGCAGCGUUGCCACACAGCGGGGCUUCAGAGCUGGGUUCAGCGUCUGCCAACAACACCCACGCGACCGGAAACACCCUGUCCUGCACCUUGUGUCACGAGAGACUCGAAGACACCCACUUUGUUCAGUGUCCAUCAGUGCCAGGGCAUAGGUUCUGCUUCCCCUGCACCAGAGUGUACAUCCAGAGUCGGCGGGGCGACGGGGAGGUGUACUGCCCCAGUGGAGAGCGCUGUCCACUGGACAACUCUGCAAACAGUCCCCCGUGGGCCUUCAUGCAGGGAGAGGUCUCCACCAUACUGGGCACUGGUGGAGCAGGAGGAGGAGGAGGAGGAGGAGGAGGAGGAGCGGGCGCAGCAUCAGCUGCUGCAUCCGGAGCCAGUACAGGGCCCGGAGCAGCGGCUACGUCUGGGUCAGGGAGCGGAGCUGCAGCUGGAGCUGCAGCUGGAGCUGGAGCUGGAAGCGGAGACGUCACUGUCAAGAAAGAGAGGGAGACGUGAUGGUGAUUUCCAUGGCAACUAGGACCCCAACACAGCAACAGAAUUGUAUCUCAUAGCAGAAGGAGAUGUCUGCACUGCACUGCUGAGAGACGCAGAAGAGAAGCAAAACACAGAAACCCACAAAUCAGAAAACCUCCAUUACACAGGUCUUACCUCCACUUCCUCACAGCCCAGUCUUUACCAACAUGGUCAGACCGCAUCAGAUAUCUGGGUAAAGUUGCCAUCUCACAUCACGGUCAUUAUUUCUUCCACUAAGCACACGUUGACUCAGCUAACGUUUAAUCUAAAUCCUGUAGCCCUGCUCUGCUGAGGAUGUGAAAAUAAUUCAAUUGAUCACAUUCUGUGCAUUGCACACACUUAAAAAAACUAUCCAGUAUCGAAAACCUUAUGUUUAGAAAUCCAUUAUAAGUAUUAAAUAUAUAUCAAACUGUAGCCACAGUUGUUUUAUAUCUGUUGAACAGGCCUAGGAAAAUCAAAAAUGAAUUAACUGUCCUGGACUAAAUGCCAAACCACUGCUUCUCAUUUAAAUUAAAUAGUUCCUGUCUCUACGAUUUCAAUUUACAGUGGUGACUGUCACGAAAGUCACACAUUUACCGUUCUUUAUUGUUUGACUGAAUUAUGUCCAGAUGUGUUUUUUUUUUUGAUGAAACUGAAAGAGAAACUCUCAAACCAACAUGAGAUGUACACAGAAUGCCAGUAGUGACCUUUCUCUGUUAUCGGUCAGGUUUAAAGGGAACCAGUUAUGCCAACUUCCAGCUCAAUGUUUUUAAUUCAGGGACUCAACUAGUAAAUGGUCUUCACUUACAUCGUCAAGACUUUUCUGCCCUAGAAGCACUGAAUGUGCUGCAGUGAUUCUCACGCCGACAGCAGUAGAGCUGCCAUGGGAGGCCAGGGUGGGGGUGGGUUUGUGUGUGGGUGGGGCAGGGGUCCACACACCUAACCUGUAAUCAGUGGACCACCUGCUCUGCCACCUGAGCCACAGCUGCAAAGAAAAGAAGCUUUUUAUGAAUCAUUUUAAAUAAAUAAUGCUGGCGUUUUAUGCAGCCGCUCAGAUCAUCCUCUGUCUGGAACAAGCACUUUCAGCUCGUGUCUCAUCCUAAAUGUUUGCUUUCACCAGCUUGUGUUGAUUACUAGUAGAUCCAUAACACCGCUUUAAACCUGCUGUAUGAUUACUUUCACAUACUUGAUUGGAAAAUGUAAACUCCUCCAAUGCAUCUGUACAGCAUGACAUCUCUGUUUUGGUAAGAACACGUCCGUACAUUUACCAAGAAGACCUUAGUUUGAUUGGUGGGUGGAUUUGGGUGAGCAGACGACCAUCUGAACAAAUCAGAGACCAACUUGUGUCACCUCACUAUUUGAAACUUGAAUCACAUUUAUUUUGAGCAUGAAACACGGCAAAGGAAAAAGCAUAACAGGUCCCCUUUAAAAAAAACAAACAAACAAACAAAAACAAAUGAAAAAAAAAAAAAGACUGACUUUGACUCAGAGAAGGGCAAAUGUUUGCUGUGUAGAUAACAACCAGUUAAAGCAUCGACCAGCCACAGAGACUCUCUUUGACUGUAUUUAAAUGUUUCUUUCAUACCAGAUCCAGCCCAGCCUACGCUUUACCCCGAAUGUAUAUUAAAAACUAUCUAUUGAUAGGCCUAGGACUAUAUUUUAUACUAGAGUGUUAAAAGUUAUAUACUGUAAAGAGCUGUCAUAGUAUGUAUGUGCAAUCUUUAGUCCUAGUAUAUGCAACAGUUUGAAAUAUGUAGUCAGAAAACAAUGGCGUAUCAUUUCCUUUUUGUUUCUUAAAGUGAGAAUCCACUCGAAAGCAGAAAUGUUUUUCUGUGACACUGAAAGGUUUAACGAAUCUCAGUGGCUAUGUUUACAGGGACACUAAUUAGUAUCUAGGUAAAUGAGAAUAAAACCAAUCUUUCUUUCCACUUACGUGUGGUAAAUGUCAGAUUAUGGACAUAAGAUAAACCUAAAGUGGAGAAAUGUCCAGAAAGGCACUGCUGGGAUUUGAACCCAGGAUCUCCUGUUUACUAGACAGGCGCUUUAACCAACUAAGCCACAGCGCCACAUUAUUUUCACAAAACAAGCAGCAAACGAUUGGAAAAAUCUUCCGAAAUAACCGUAAAUUUGUCUUAUAUAAUCCUGUUUUCUUUUAUCUGCUGUUUAGAAUCACGUAAACAGAUAUUAUCGUUCUAUUUAGCGUCCAUGCAAACGUAGCCCGUGAAGUGGAUCACCACACAUAUAUAAAUAUAUAUAUAUAAAAAAUAUUUGAUCCUUAUUUCAUUUUUCAGGUUAUAUUUCACAAACGUGCAGGGAUGCCAUGAAUUCCAUGAACUGAACAAUUAAACAUUUUUUUAUAAAGUUGUUUUGGGGGAUUCUCUCUUUAUGUGCAGCUUGUACUCGGUACAGAAGCACAGACAAACCAAAGGUAACUUUUUACCCAAACUGAAUGUUUUAUGAAAACAAAUUAUACACGUAUAUUAUAUACAUUAUAAGUUCAUGGCCAGGUUUUAACCAGCUGGUUUCCUUCAUCAAGCAGUUACAGAUGACGACACACCCAGGUGUCCUACUGUACUGGUGGGAUUUAUUUCACACUUUUUACUGUUCAGCAGAAGCUUAAAUAUUAAGAGAAUAUCCCACAGAUCAGCUCUGUUUUACAGAAAUGUCUUUAAAGAAAUGGAAUUUAAGUAUAAUAUGCACUGAUACGUCAUGCAAUCCCUUGUUAAGUGCCUUUUUAAAAUGUUUACCAUCUGUGCGUGCGUCUGGGAACCUCAGGGGAAGUCGGAGUGCAAUUUGCUCUUUAUUGUCUGGUCAGUUAUUAACCUGGAUCUCUCUCCCUUCCAUCGCCAUCAGGCGGCUUGUCUUUUAUCUGAAGCCUUUGUAAAGUCGACUGCCCAUUGUUUCCUUUGCCUCCCUCUCCGUGUCCAGUUUCUUUUCAUUUACGUGACUUUUUUUUUGUAGCCCUUGUUGGUUUUACUGCAGCUUAAUGUACAAAAUAGAAACCAGGAAUAAAUGGGAUGGAAACUUC